AUGAAUUUCAAGUUAGGUAUUGAAGAAAAUAAUGGAUUAGCAGGAAAACUUAAGGAAUGUAUACCAAGUAAAGAUGGGUUGAAAUCUGGAGAGACAGCUGCCAACAUUGCUAGAGAACUGGCUGAACAGACAAGAAAUCAUUUGAAUGCUGGAGAUAUCACUUAUUCAGUCCGGGCCAUGGAUCAGCUGGUAGGCCUCCUAGAUGUACAGCUCCGGAACUUGACCCCAGGUGGAAAAGAUAGUGCUGCACGAAGUUUGAACAAGGCAAUGGUCGAGACAGUUAACAACCUCCUCCAGCCACAAGCCUUGAAUGCCUGGAGAGACCUGACUACAAGUGAUCAACUACGUGCAGCCACCAUGUUGCUUGACACUGUGGAGGAAAGUGCUUUUGUGCUGGCUGAUAACCUUUUGAAGACAGACAUCGUCAGGGAGAACACAGACAAUAUUCAAUUGGAAGUUGCAAGGCUGAGCACUGAAGGAAACUUAGAAGACCUAAAGUUUCCAGAAAACAUGGGUCAUGGAAGCACUAUCCAGCUCUCUGCAAAUACUCUAAAACAAAAUGGCCGAAAUGGAGAGAUCAGAGUGGCCUUUGUCCUGUAUAACAACUUGGGUCCUUAUUUGUCCACGGAGAAUGCCAGCAUGAAGUUGGGAACAGAGGCUAUGUCCACCAAUCAUUCUGUUAUCGUCAAUUCCCCGGUUAUUACAGCAGCAAUAAACAAAGAAUUCAGUAAUAAGGUUUAUUUGGCUGAUCCUGUGGUGUUCACUGUUAAACACAUCAAGCAGUCUGAGGAAAACUUCAAUCCUAACUGUUCAUUUUGGAGCUAUUCCAAGCGCACAAUGACAGGUUAUUGGUCAACCCAAGGCUGUCGGCUCCUGACAACAAAUAAGACACAUACUACAUGCUCUUGUAACCACCUAACCAAUUUUGCAGUACUGAUGGCACAUGUGGAAGUUAAGCACAGUGAUGCGGUCCAUGACCUUCUUCUGGAUGUGAUCACAUGGGUUGGAAUUUUGCUGUCCCUUGUUUGUCUCCUGAUUUGCAUCUUCACAUUUUGCUUUUUCCGUGGGCUCCAGAGUGACCGUAACACCAUCCAUAAGAACCUCUGCAUCAGCCUUUUUGUAGCAGAACUGCUCUUCUUGAUUGGGAUCAACCGAACAGAUCAACCAAUUGCCUGUGCCGUUUUUGCUGCUCUCUUACAUUUCUUCUUCUUGGCUGCCUUCACGUGGAUGUUCCUGGAGGGAGUGCAGCUCUAUAUCAUGCUGGUGGAGGUUUUUGAGAGUGAACAUUCACGAAGGAAAUACUUUUACCUGGUCGGCUAUGGUAUGCCUGCGCUCAUUGUGGCUGUGUCAGCUGCAGUAGACUAUAGGAGUUAUGGAACAGAUAAAGUAUGUUGGCUCCGACUUGACACCUACUUCAUUUGGAGUUUUAUAGGACCAGCGACCUUGAUAAUUAUGCUUAAUGUAAUCUUCCUUGGGAUUGCUUUAUAUAAAAUGUUUCAUCACACUGCCAUUCUGAAACCUGAAUCGGGCUGUCUUGAUAAUAUCAAGUCAUGGGUUAUAGGUGCAAUAGCUCUUCUCUGCCUAUUAGGAUUGACCUGGGCCUUUGGACUCAUGUAUAUUAAUGAAAGCACAGUCAUCAUGGCGUAUCUCUUCACCAUUUUCAAUUCUCUACAGGGAAUGUUUAUAUUCAUUUUCCAUUGUGUCCUACAAAAGAAGGUACGAAAAGAGUAUGGGAAAUGUCUGCGAACACAUUGUUGUAGCGGCAAAAGUACAGAGAGCUCCAUUGGCUCAGGGAAAACAUCUGGUUCUCGAACUCCUGGGCGGUACUCCACAGGCUCACAGAGCCGAAUUCGUAGGAUGUGGAAUGACACGGUCCGAAAGCAGUCAGAGUCUUCCUUCAUUACUGGAGAUAUAAACAGUUCAGCGUCACUCAACAGAGAGGGGCUUCUGAACAAUGCCAGGGAUACAAGUGUCAUGGAUACUCUACCACUGAAUGGUAACCAUGGCAAUAGUUACAGCAUUGCCAGUGGUGAAUACUUGAGCAACUGUGUGCAAAUCAUAGACCGUGGCUAUAACCAUAACGAGACCGCCCUAGAAAAAAAGAUUCUGAAGGAACUCACUUCCAACUAUAUCCCGUCUUACCUGAAUAACCAUGAGCGCUCCAGCGAACAGAACAGGAAUCUGAUGAACAAACUGGUGAAUAACCUGGGCAGUGGGAGUGAAGAUGAUGCCAUUGUCCUGGAUGAUGCCACCUCCUUUAACCAUGAGGAGAGUCUGGGCCUAGAACUUAUUCAUGAGGAAUCCGAUGCUCCUUUGCUGCCCCCAAGAGUUUACUCCACAGAGAACCACCAGCCACAUCAUUACACCAGAAGGCGGAUCCCCCAAGACCACAGUGAGAGCUUUUUCCCUUUGCUAACCAACGAGCACACAGAAGAUCUCCAGUCACCCCAUAGGGACUCUCUCUACACCAGCAUGCCGGCACUGGCUGGUGUGCCCGCCGCAGAGAGCGUUACCACCAGCACCCAGACCGAACCCCCACCGGCCAAGUGUGGUGAUGCCGAAGAUGUUUACUACAAAAGCAUGCCAAACCUAGGCUCCAGAAACCACAUCCAUCAGCUGCAUACCUACUACCAGCUAGGUCGUGGUAGCAGUGAUGGAUUUAUAGUUCCUCCAAACAAAGAUGGGACCCCCCCAGAGGGGAGUUCAAAAGGACCUGCUCAUUUGGUCACUAGCCUAUAGAAGAUGACAGAAAUU